AUGGGCGCUGCGAGGGCAUUCUGUCUUCGUUUUGCUCCUCCGGCCGCCCUGAUCUAUGUGGGCGGCCGUGUUCUCUGGUCAAUCGAGGCUGCGCGCAACAAGUCGCAGUUAUUCCUACUACCCGAGCCCACAUCACCGUACUCGACCACCUCGACGCAAUCCAUCCGCGGACAGUCCCGUCACCCAACUGGAAAUGACAAGGCCGACCGGAACGACUCUAAUCAUGUCGAGGGGCACUUCCACAGUAGCAGUGAAGACUCCUCGUCGAUAUGGUCACAUAUGAUGCAGAGAUUUGAAGGCGUCAAGCAGUCUGUUGGUUCGCCUGAGUGGAUAGAGCUCGAGCAUAUCAAGCAUUACAUAACCCCCGAUUGGACCAGGCUUCUCCCAGACACAGUGCAGAAGCUGCAGCGCGAGCUUUCCAUGGCCCCCGGCUCUCUAGCAGACCAGAUAUGGAGGGAGGCUCAAGAUCCAGACUUGAACCCAGAGAUACUCCGAAAGGCCACGGUGCGCGUUAGCGAUAGCCUGUGCAACGAUGAGCUGGAGUUCAGACAGAAGCGCCAGAAACAUGCCGUAAAAGCGCUGUCUGCCUACUUGAAUAUUCCCGAGGAAGAUAUACAUCCAGAUGAUGUCCCGAUCAUCUCCAUGUGUGGCUCAGGAGGUGGUCUACGUGCGCUUGUCGCUGGUACUGGCUCGUACCUGGCUACGCAAGAGGCUGGUCUCUGGGACUGUGUGACUUACACUGCUGGUGUUAGCGGCAGUUGUUGGUUACAGGUUCUCUAUCAUUCUUCUAUUACCGGAUGCAACUUUACCAAACUCGUGGCCCAUCUAAAGAACCGACUAGGAGUGCACAUGGCAUUUCCACCGGCGGCACUCAAACUGCUUACGCAUGCGCCGACCAACAAGUACCUCCUUAGCGGUCUGGUCCAGAAGCUGAAGGGCGAUCCUGGCGCGGACUUUGGUCUGGUCGAUAUCUACGGCAUGCUGCUGGCGGCACGCUUGCUCGUACCCAAAGGCGAGCUUGGAUCCUCGGACUUUGACCUCAAGCUAUCAAAUCAGAACCGCAACAUUGCUGAUGGAGCUCACCCGCUUCCAAUUUAUACCGCCGUUCGCCAUGAAAUUCCAGUCUUGGAGGAGAAGGCAGAAAAGAACGAGAAGCCAAUGCCCGAAGACCUUAUCAGAGAGUCGCAGAGUGAAUCCUGGUUUCAGUGGUUUGAGUUCACCCCAUAUGAAUUUUUUUGCGAGGAACUCAACGCGGGAAUACCUACUUGGGCACUUGGAAGACAUUUUAGGGACGGAAAGAAUGAUGUACCUGCUGGAACGACACCCAUGCCUGAACUCCAUGUUGGCAGCUUGAUGGGCGUAUGGGGCAGCGCAUUCUGCGCGACACUCUCGCAUUAUUACAAAGAGAUCCGUCCACUUGUCAAAGGCAUCACCGGAUUCGGAGGAAUUGAUUCUCUAAUUCAAGGAAAGUCGAAAGAUCUCAUCCGAGUACAUCCCAUCGACCCGGCAACGAUACCGAACUACGUGUUAGGAAUGAAGGACCAGCUACCUCCAUCCUGUCCGGAGUCCAUCUUCCAAAGCCAGCACCUGCGACUUAUGGAUGCAGGAAUGAGCAACAACCUUCCGAUAUACCCAUUACUCCGACCUGGCCGCGAUGUGGAUAUCAUCAUCGCCUUCGACAACUCAGCCGACAUCAAGCAAGAGAACUGGCUAUCUGUCGUGGACGGCUACGCCCGCCAACGAGGUAUCAAAGGCUGGCCAGUUGGAGCCGGCUGGCCCCGAGCAGCCGACACUCUCAGAGAAACAGAACAGAGCCUACGGGAACCAGAGAACAUGUCUGAAGAAGCGCUCAACAAGAAAAUCACAGCGGCCCAGGACUCCUCCAACUCAUCUCCCACCACCACCAACCAAGCCCCAGACUCUCAACCGCCCCCCACAGACACAGACCUAGACUACUGCAACGUCUGGGUCGGAACGAAGCAAGAACGCCUCUCGGAACAGGAACCCCCGCCCUCAAAACGCCUCUUCGACCCCCGCCAAUCCCACACCGACCCAAACCACUCCGAAUCAGACUUCCACCUCAUGCGGCCCGACGCCGGCAUCGCAGUCGUGUACUUCCCGCUCCUCCCCAACCCCUCAGCCCCCGACCUCCCCCCCUCAACCUCCCUCACACAACCCUCCCCAUCCGACAAACCCAGCGGCUCACAAAACACCUCAAAGUCCCACGACACAGUUGACCCCGAACAACCAUUCUCCCCGCACCCUGCUACAAUCAACCCAGACGUCGACGACUUCCUGUCAACCUGGAACUUCGUCUACACGCCCGAGCAGAUUGAUGCCGUUGUGGGUCUGGCAAAGGCGAACUUUGCGCAGGGCGAGCAGCAGGUUAAGCGUGUUGUCAGGGCUGUCUAUGAGCGUAAGAAGAAGGAUCGGCUUGAGAGGGAGGAGAGGAAGCUUGAGCCGCAUAAGGAGGGGCUGAGGCUGAGUUAG